AUGCACACUCUAAGGAACUCUCUUGGAAAUAUAGUUCUAGUACUAGUCCUAGUGUUGGGCAUGCAGAUUAUACGAGCUAUUCCAGUUGAGCCGGAAUUAAAGCCUACUGCAGAGAUCCCUACGAGUCAAUCUCAGGAAGCUGAGUCUCAAAAAAAUACGGAAAUAACAACUCCCUUUCCACCAGCCAAUGAUAAAAAUGAACUGAAACGUGCUCCACCCCCUGGAGGAUUCUAUACUUUCAGAUCAGGCGUUUCAUGCGCGACAGCAAACAGAGUUCGCGAGCUUUGGGAUGCCAUGGCCCGUGCUCCCGUUCGUCAUGCGAGAAACUGGCGUCAACUUGAUCUUGAAAUUGGAACGGAUGCGGUCAACCAAAUCAUAUAUGACACCCAAAGGUGGGCUUAUGAGUGUCUCUGCUCUAAGCACGCGCUAGUCGGAGGUGAUGCUCCGGGGUGGAAGCUACGAGCGAUACACACGUCUGAAAAUUGUCAAACUGACGAAGUUGCUAGGAUGCUUGAGAAAGUGUACGGUUGUGGAUGCUUUGACGUGUUCACUCGGGAGGGGGAUGAGGUUGAUGGUAUCUCAACUGGUGGUGAUGCUGGUGGUUUACCAGGCUCCCUACUUUUGGAUGGGAUAUCGGACGAGAUUCACAAAAAUAUGCGCACUACUCCACUUGAUAGUAGCGCGGCCUGGCAUUUUGGUAAGAAACCGCCUAAAUCCCACGCGGGGUUUAGUGAUUUCGACUUAGGCGACUAUGCAGCCGACAGACAGUUAGUGCCCGGGACUAAAGAACCCUAUUGGCUCUCGGGUCCAGAAGGGCUUCCGAGGGGUUCGGGUAGGAGUUUGAAUGCGUUGAAGAGUCGAUUGGGUGGCAUGGGUGAAUUAUACAAAAGGGCAGGCGAUACAGAGCCUCGAUCUGUUUCAACAGCUGACGCUGAGCUGGGCAAAGUCUCUGGGAGGAAAGAUCUCUAG